UUUCCCUCCCGCGUCCGAAAGAUUAUUGGCGAUGCUUGAGAUUCUAGACGAGUGAAGGCGUUUCAACGGUUCCUCUGCUUUCAGGAUACAUUCUUGAUUCCCCUCCUUGCGCCUCCUAAGCGAGAGGAUAGAGGCCUGUACGAAGGAAGGAAACGUAGGGCGUGGCCUGAAAUCGGCGUCCCCAAGAAAUUUCGCCUGCACCGGUGUCUGCAAAGGAAGUUCACAUCAUCGCCAUUUGUUAUCAAGCAGGGCAUGUGGACAUGUUUGAUUUAUCCAAUUGUACGAGAGAUAUUUGUGAUUUGAGUUGUCACUGAUCAGAUGGAUCAGGAUCCACAUCAAAUGCGUAUCAAUGAGUUCUUUGUUGCUAGGAAAAACAAACCUGAAUCAGCCCCUGAAAAGUUGGGUAAAAGUGUGAGAAGUGCUAAUACUCAAUUGGUGGCAUCUCCGAACUCGAAGCAUACUCUAGACAAGUACCUGGUGAAUUCACAAGCUGAAAGUUUUGUACUACAACAAGAUGCUGCUGAGCACUUGGAUCCCAUCAAGAGGAGUCUGAAGUUGGAAAUUGAUAAAGAUCUAGAUUCGUCACAGAAGUUAAACUUGUACCCCGAUAAUUUGGUUAAGGGUCAUGAUUCAGAGGCUGCAGGCACCAAAGAAAUGCAAAAUGGAGUUCUUCCCUUUUCAGUGUGUGAAGAAGCUAUUUCUGGAAAAUCUGCUUCCGUGAUGGAGUGUUCGCCUAACAUGAAGACUUCAGAAGCUGGUGUUAUCAUGUGUGAAGGGGUGAAUGCUGAAAUUAGCAAGGCGGACAUGGAACUUACACAUUUUGCAACAAAUUUUUUGUCUGUAUAUUGCAGUGGAAUUUCUUCUGCGGUAAAGCAACUGGAUCAAUAUUCUCUCACAGAAGAUACAAUAGCAAGGUCCAAACGGAAUGUUAGCCCUUCAUUGCUCAUUGUCAACAGUAGCACAAAUAAGAAGAAACAAUGCAUCACAGACAAAGAAAAGUCAUGCCAAAUUGAGACUUCAAGUGGUUUCACUUCUGAAACAGAUUCCGGAUGUGGAAAUGACAUAAUUUCCCAAUCAAAUGAGCAGCCUGUGAAGCAAUGCUCAAGUUGUCCUAAAGAGCAUGAGGGUGGUAGCUCUAGCAAAAAUCCUACCAUGAUAGGUACUGAGGACUUUGGAAUUCUGAGGAGGUGUAGUAGAAUACCAUCACUGACCAAUGAGAUGAAUGCCAAUCCCAUAUGCAAUUUCUUGUGUAACAUUAGCAAUGCUCAUGAAACAUCUGGGUGUCCCAAAGGUACUUCUAUUUUCUCACCUGGAGAAGAGUUCUGGAGUGAAGCCAUACAAUUGGCAGAUGAUAUGUUAGCUCCAAACGAUAAUCUUCUUAGUUGUGUCCAUAAAGGAUCUAAGACAAGUAGGGAAAGACAUGAUUUGAAAAAAUUGGAUCACUUAAAUAAUACAUGCUAUGAAGAGCAUUCGCUGAAGAAUAACAGUAAUAUUUGGCAUGGUAAGCCUGCUUCAGCUAAAAGGUCAUUUAAGCAUGUUGAAGAACAUGUCAGCAUGAGAACAUGUGCUAUUUCAGAAGGCUUUGUUGAAGAGAAGUCUCCCUUGCCUGUGAGGCAUUUUGAUUUCUCAAAUGAUGAAAAUGAUUUUGAUAGAAUGCUUUUGCCAUAUGAUUCAGCUGAUACUCCAAAUAGUCUCAUUCUAAAAGCAAAUAAUGCACUUAUGUCUAAGUCAUUGCAUCCUGAUUCUAGCACUGGGAGUUCUCAAGUAAACAUGCAGUGUAAAAGUACACAUCUACAUCUAGUUGCUGAUCCAGUGAUCAGCAACAAUGCUGGCGGUACUAGUAUUCAGGUGAUAGAAACUGAAAUUUUUGCAGAUGGAGAAAAUAAGCCUGGAAAAGUCCCUUCUCCAUGUUCAAUUGUUUUAGCAGGAAAAGAAGUCAAUGGUGAUCCUAAGUCAAUCGAGAAGUGUGGAAUUGACAGUAGUCCGUCAAGUGCUAUUAUUUUAGCUGAUGUGAGUGCUUGGGUUCCUUCAGAAGUAUGUACAAUAUAUUCAAGGAAGGGGAUAACAAAACUUUAUCCUUGGCAAGUUGAGUGCCUCCAGAUGGAUGGUGUUUUGCAGAACAGAAAUCUUGUUUAUUGUGCAUCUACAAGUGCAGGAAAGAGUUUUGUUGCAGAAAUCCUAAUGCUUCGUCAAGUAUUAUCCACUGGAAAGAUUGCACUGCUUGUCCUACCUUAUGUAUCAAUUUGUGCUGAAAAGGCUGAACAUUUGGAAUCACUCCUUCGGCCAAUGAACAAGCAUGUUCGCAGUUUCUAUGGGAGCCAAGGUGGUGGAACACUUCCUAAAGAUACAUCUAUUGCAGUAUGUACAAUUGAGAAGGCAAACUCUCUAAUAAACAAAUUGUUAGAAGAGAGUCGACUUUCAGAAGUUGGAAUUAUUGUAAUUGAUGAGCUUCAUAUGGUUGGUGAUCCAAGUAGGGGUUAUCUUUUGGAGCUUAUGCUGACAAAGCUUCGAUAUGCAACUGGUGAAGGGAUAUCAGAAGAAUCUAGUGGUGAUAGCUCAAGUUUAAGCAAUGGUGGUACUGUGCGAGGACUCCAAAUUGUUGGAAUGAGUGCAACUAUGCCAAAUGUAGCUGCUGUCGCUGAUUGGCUGCAGGCAGCUUUAUAUCAAACAGAUUUUCGGCCUGUUCCACUAGAGGAAUACAUCAAGGUUCAGAAUAAAAUCUUUGAUCGAAACUUGAACAUUGUCCGCACUAUCCAGAAUCAUGCUAAUCUUGGAGGCAAGGAUCCAGAACAUGUGGUGGAAUUAUGCAAUGAGAUAGUUCAAGAGGGUCACUCAGUACUUAUUUUUUGUUCUAGUCGUAAGGGAUGUGAAACAACUGCGCAACAUGUCUCCAAAUAUCUAAAAUGGUUUCCUGUAGAUGUGCGUGGUGUUCAUUCUGGACUUCAGUAUUAUUCUUCAGCUUUGGAAGCAUUAAGGAAAUGCCCUUCUGGGCUGGACCCGAUACUGGAGCAAACUCUGCCACAUGGUGUUGCUUAUCAUCAUGCUGGGUUAACGGUUGAAGAGCGAGAGAUUAUUGAAAGUUGCUACCGUCAAGGAACUGUUCGUGUCUUGACAGCCACUUCUACCUUAGCUGCUGGAGUCAACCUUCCUGCCAGGAGAGUAAUAUUUCGACAGCCUAGGAUUGGUCGUGACUUUAUUGAUGGAAUUAGAUACAGACAGAUGGCUGGUCGAGCUGGCCGUACUGGAAUAGAUUCCAAAGGCGAAAGUAUAAUGAUAUGUAAACCUGAUGAGGCCAAAAAAAUUGUCUCCCUGUUAAACAGUAGCUGUCAACCUUUGCAAUCUUGUUUGUCAGAAGAUAAAAAUGGGAUGACUCAUGCAAUUUUGGAGGUUGUUGCUGCUGGCAUUGUUCAAACUGCAAAUGAUAUCCACCGUUAUGUGAGGUGCACCCUUUUGAGUACCACCAAACCAUUCCAAGCUGUUGUAAGUUCUGCCCAGGAUUCUCUUCGUUGGCUUUGUUGUCAACAUUUCCUUGAGUGGAAUGGAGAAACAAAGUUGUAUAGCACCACCUCUCUUGGGCGGGCAGCAUUUGGUAGCUCUCUUGCUCCGGAAGAGUCACUCGUUGUGCUCUCUGAUCUCUCAAGGGCUAGAGAAGGUUUGGUGCUUGCAUCUGAUCUGCAUCUAGUGUAUCUGGUAACUCCCAUUAAUGUUGAAGUUGAACCCGAUUGGGAACUAUACUAUGAGAGAUUUAUGGAAUUAUCUCCCCUGGAUCAGUCUGUUGCUAACAGGAUUGGAGUAACAGAACCUUUCUUGAUGCGAAUGGCUCAUGGAGCACAUGUGCAAACAAGUGAUAGAUAUGGAGGGAAUGAAAAGGUGCAGCGUAAUUUCUGUGGAAGUAAUAAUGUUAUGAUGUCAGACAAACAAAUUUUGCGUGUAUCAAGACGCUUUUAUGUGGCACUCAUUUUGUGCAAACUUGUACAGGAAUUACCUGUAACAGCUGUCUGUGAGGCCUAUAAAGUAGCAAGGGGGAUGGUUCAGGGCUUGCAAGAGAAUGCUGGAAGGUUUGCAUCAAUGGUUUCUACUUUUUGUGAAAGACUUGGUUGGCAUGAUAUGGAAGGUUUGAUAUCAAAGUUUCAACAUCGUGUAUCAUUUGGUGUCCAAGCAGAAAUUGUUGAGCUAACUACCAUUCCAUAUGUUAAGGGGUCUCGAGCAAGGUCUCUCUACAAGGCUGGUUUGCGAACCCCAUUGGCAGUAGCUGAAGCAUCUAUUAUGGAGAUUAUAAAAGCUCUCUUUGAAGCAGUUUCCUGGAAUGCACAAGGUUCUGAACUGCAAAAAAUACAAUUUGGAGUUGCUAAGAAAAUAAAAGCUGGAGCACGGAAAAUAGUGCUUGAGCAGGCUGAACAGGCAAGGGUUGCUGCUUUUUCGGCCCUAAAGUCUCUUGGAGUUUCUGUUCCUCUGCUCGCUGAACCUUUGGUUUCUUCUGCUACAAUUGACAUUGCUGAGGAGGAAGCUGUUUUGCUUAUGAAAUUUGCUGAUGAUUCUAUGUGCAACAUCACUAGAAGUCAUGGUUCGUAUAUUGUCAAUGCUGUACCUACUGUUGAAGAUAAUGGAAGUGGGCCAGAAAACAAUGUUCAACUUGAAGUUCAAGACCUUAGACGUGACCUGAGUGAGCAAUGUGAACGUCUUCUGACUGAUGAAGUUGCUCUCUCGAAUCAUUUGGUAGUGCCAAACAGUCCCGGUGGUGUUGAUAGCAGGGUAAGAGCUACUAUUUGCAAUGUCCUUUUGAAUGUUGAAGCUACAACAGAUGCUGCUGCUCUUGCCUCUGAUAAAAUGAAGGACGAGGAUUUUAAAAAUGCAGCUUCAGUUUAUCCAAAGUCAGCCAAUGUUGUUAAGACAGCAGAUUUUAGUAUCCAUGAGGGCCAUGACGCUCUUAUUUUGCAUGGACAGCAAGAACAUAAGGACAAUAACAGGUGUAGUUUUAAUUUUGAUGAUAGUAAAAUUACUGAUAGAGGUCCUGUAAAUGCAAGCACUCUAUUUGGUAAUCUUGAUUCAUUCUUGUUGUUGUGGGAGACAGUUGGUGAGUUCUAUUUUGAUAUCCACUUCUCGAAAGUAUCAGAACUAAAUUGCGUUGGCCCAUUUGAACUUCAUGGCAUAGCUGUCUGCUGGAAGGACUCUCCUGUCUACUAUAUUAAUUUUGCAAAGGACCUCCUACCCUCCAAAGAACUGACUGACAAAAGUUGUGAUCUUGGAAAAACUUCAGAUAGUGAACAGAAUAUUGCCAGAUCUUUUGCGAUUGUGUUGGAGUUGUUCCAAACUAGAUGGAACAGGAUAUCAUCAAUCAUGGCAAAGACUGGCAUCAACAAAGUUGCUUGGAAUUUGAAAUUUCAGAUUCAGGCCUUGCAGAAGCCUGGUAUAUCCAUUAAAAGAAUUGGUGGCCUCAAUAUUAAACAUAUGCAAUGGAUGCAUGACUUCAAAUUACUUGAUAAUUCCUAUUUCCUUCUCUCACCAAUAGUUAUACAAGAUGGAAUUGACAUUGGAAUUGUGGUAUGGCUUCUUUGGCCGGACGAGGAGAGCUGCUCUAACCCAAAUCUGGAGAAGGUGGUAAAGAAAAGGUUAUCCAUGGAAGCUGCGGCUGUUGCUAAUCGAGAUGGUAGAUGGACAAAUCAGAUGCAAAAGGUUGCACAUAAUGGUUGUUGCCGGCGUGUGGCACAGAUACGGGCUUUACAUUUUUCUUUGUGGAAACUACUUAUCUCUGAGGGUUUGUUUAAUGUCUUGUACAACAUCGAGAACCCAUUGGUAAAGGUAAUUGCAGACAUGGAACUAUGGGGAAUUGGUAUCGACAUGGAUUCAUGUCAUCAAGCUAGGCAUGUCCUUAGGAGGAAACUUAGGCACUUGGAGGAGGAGGCUUGCAGGCUUGCUGGAAUGAAAUUUUCACUUCGUAAUACUACAGAUGUUGCUAAUAUUCUAUAUACCCACUUAAAAUUGCCCAUGAUGGAAAAAUGCAAUAAAAAAAAACUGCAUCCAAGCACUGAUAAGCAUUGUUUGGAACUUUUGAGGAACGAACAUCCUAUUGUUCCUGUGGUUAGUGAGCACAGAACAUUGGCAAAGCUCUUAAGUACUCUAGGAUCGAUAUGUUCUCAAGCAAAGCUAUGUGUUGGAUCACAAAAGUACAAAAUACAUGGGCGAUGGCUCCAGACCUCAGCCAGUACUGGAAGGCUAUCUGUGGAGAAUCCUAAUCUUCAGAGUGUUGAACAUAUGGUCGAAUUCAAGAUCAUUUCAACCAGCAAGGAUGAUUCCAGUACACAAUAUGAACUCCAUCAGAUAAAUGCACGCCAGUUUUUCAUUCCGACACAGGACGAGUGGGUCAUUCUUGCAGCAGACUACUCGCAAAUUGAACUGCGGUUGAUGGCCCAUUUUUCUGGAGAUCUGACACUGAUUGAACUUCUCUCUGAUCCUGAUGGGGAUGUUUUUUUGAUGAUCACUGCAAAAUGGACUGGAAAGUUGCAUUCAAUCAUAAGCAAAAAAGAGAGAGAUCAGACAAAGAGAUUAUUGUAUGGUGUACUAUAUGGCAUGGGCGUUCAUACACUUGCAGGACAUCUUGAAUGCAGUGUAGAUGAAGCUACUGAAAAAGUCCAAAGCUUCAUGAGUGCUUUUCCUCGUGUCUCGUCCUGGCUCAGCAAUAUGGUUGAGCUAUGCCACCAGAAUGGGUAUAUAGAAACUCUUAAAGGGAGGAAAAGAUUUCUAGCAAAAAUAAAAUCUCAAAAUGGCAAGGAGAAAGCUAAAGCUGAGAGGCAAGCUGUCAACUCUAUUUGUCAGGGAUCUGCUGCAGACAUAAUUAAGAUUGCCAUGAUAAAAUUUCAUUCCAUUAUUACUGAGGGAUGCUUGACGUCAGACCUGGAUGAGUCUCUUGCAUCCCAUUGUUCCAUGCUUAAAGGACGAUGCCAUAUCAUAUUGCAGGUACAUGAUGAACUUGUACUGGAGGUUGAUCCAUUAUUUUUAAAUGAUGCUGCAGUUAUGCUUCAAAAGUGCAUGGAAACAGCUGCCUCUCUUUCUGUACCUUUGCAUGUCAAACUGAAGACUGGAAGAACAUGGGGUUCUUUGGAGCCUUUUGCUGCAGAUCACGGUAGAGGGAAGGCAUGCACAUGAUAUGAAGUUUCCUAUGAUAGCAAACUGUUUCACUCUUUCUGCAUGUUGUUACUUGGUCAUUCACCGGCCUAUAUGGAAAAUGUUUGGAUCCAUGAGGUUGAUGUUUUAUGGAGAAAGUGGCAGCGAUUUGAGGCCAGUAUCAGGUGGAACAGCAUUUAAUAGAAUUAAUUGUGCUUCCUAGGGAACAGAGCAGGAGGUGAUGCGCAAGGCAAAACACCACUGGACAAACUUGCAAGACACCUGCUUAAUACUAAAAAAUGUUAUGGCUAUGAGAUCUGCCUUAGUGGGUUCCACUUGUGCUGCUUCUCUACGUGUUGAACCUGCCGUGGAGUCUCAUACGAAUUUGGCUGAUGACAUGGGGAUUUGGCAACUUCAUGGAGUUCACAAUGUCAAUUACAUACAAGAGGAUUGGUCAUGGAAGUAUAAUGGAGAUCCACUUUGGUGGCAAACUCCACGGCUCGAGAGGAAAGUGACAAUGGUGGGUUAUGAUUGUCUAUUCAUGGUCAGAAAUAUGAUCACAUGUGGUGGAAAUGUGCAGUUUUAACAGUUUGGCCAGUGUUCCCUAGUACAGAAAUUUUAUUUAGAGUCCAUUUAUCAAACCCCGAUCUGAUGGACUGAAGGUCUUCUAGGCCAUCUAAUGUAAAUCCUUUGGAGAAAAAUUGUACGUGAAAAGAAGUCCAUUCCUUUAUUACUCGUAGUUAUAUCGGUCAGUCGCUGAUUUUUUUUGGGGUCUUCUAGGCCAUCUAUUGUAAAUUAUAUUCUCUUUAUUUUUAACAUUUGAUCCUGUAUUCAAUCUGGUGAAAUUUUUUUGCCAGUUCUGUUCAAGUGCUACUUAACUAAGGUUUGCGAUUUUCA